CCUGGCCUCGACACCCCUCGCUUCGACUUGGCCGACAUGUCCGCCGCGCAAUCGCCGCUCGCGACCCAAAGCUCGUCGGCGCCUGUGCCCUUGAAGGGCCGUGACCCUUGGCCGUGGAGGUGCCGCCCUCUGUUCCCCUUCCCGCCGGUCAAAGACAGCAGCACCGCCUCUGCGCCGCAGACCAUCACACUCGCACCCCUCCUGUCGACCAUGUGCCGCCGCGGCAGCGCCGACUCGUUCGAAUCGACCGCGCCCAGCGUGCGCGAGCCUCACGAACGUAGCUGAGCGAUACGUCGCUCCCGUCCUUCACUGCGUCGAGCGCGAGCCCAUGCCGCCUCGCGCAGCUCACGACCCUUCUCGCUUUUUCUCCUUUUCGCGCCCCGAGGCCUGUUGUGAUCAUCCCCAAGCUUCUCUCGUCUCUUGUUGUACAUCCUCCUGCAUCUAGCGUCUCUCCUGUGCCCUG